GUGGAUGAAGACAGCCUACCUCCGGAAGAGGCCAAAGAGCGAAAAAUAAUGACCUUCUUAUUGAAAAUCAAGAACGGAACUCCACCUAUGCGUAAGUCAGCUCUCAGACAAAUAACUGAUAAGGCCCGGGAAUUUGGCGCUGGACCUCUUUUCAAGCAAAUACUCCCAUUACUGAUGUCACCUACACUGGAAGAUCAGGAGCGGCAUUUAUUGGUCAAGGUUAUUGAUCGGAUCCUUUACAAAUUGGACGAUUUGGUUCGCCCCUAUGUACACAAAAUUUUGGUCGUCAUCGAGCCAUUAUUGAUUGAUGAGGAUUACUAUGCUCGCGUGGAAGGUCGCGAAAUCAUUUCGAAUUUGGCCAAGGCUGCCGGACUGGCUACCAUGAUAUCGACGAUGCGUCCGGAUAUUGAUAAUAUGGAUGAAUACGUUCGGAAUACAACCGCUCGGGCGUUUGCCGUUGUUGCUUCUGCCUUGGGUAUCCCUAGCUUAUUGCCAUUUUUGAAGGCUGUAUGCAAAUCAAAGAAGUCUUGGCAAGCACGACACACCGGCAUUAAGAUUGUGCAACAAAUUUCCAUUCUCAUGGGCUGUGCUAUUCUGCCCCACUUGCGGAGCCUGGUCGAGAUCAUUGAGCACGGCUUGGUAGAUGAGCAGCAAAAGGUGCGCACCAUAACUGCUCUCGCGCUGGCCGCUUUAGCUGAGGCCGCCACGCCUUAUGGGAUCGAGUCUUUUGAUUCUGUCUUAGAACCACUUUGGCGGGGAAUACGGACACAUCGAGGCAAAGGAUUAGCUGCCUUUCUAAAGGCUAUUGGCUACCUCAUUCCCUUGAUGGAUGCCGAAUAUGCCAAUUAUUACACUCGAGAAGUAAUGUUGAUUCUCAUUCGUGAAUUUCUUUCUCCGGAUGAAGAGAUGAAAAAAAUCGUCCUCAAAGUUGUCAAACAGUGCUGUGCUACAGACGGUGUAGAACCAGACUAUAUCAAGGCCGAAAUUCUUCCUCCGUUUUUCCGGUCUUUCUGGACUCAGAGAAUGGCUCUCGAUCGUCGCAAUUAUCGUCAGCUUGUUGAUACAACUGUCGAAAUUGCUAACAAAGUUGGUGCUGCAGACAUCAUCUCUCGUAUCGUCGAUGAUCUGAAAGAUGAGUCAGAGCAGUACCGCAAGAUGGUAAUGGAGACCAUUGAGAAAGUUAUGUCUGCUUUAGGUAGCGCUGAAACAGACGCUCGCUUGGAGGAGCAGUUGAUCGAUGGGAUUCUGUAUGCUUUCCAAGAGCAGAGCACUGAGGAUGUUGUCAUGCUGACUGGCUUCGGUACGAUUGUCCAAACGCUUGGUAAGCGGGUCAAGCCGUAUUUACCCCAGAUUUGUGGCACAAUCUUAUGGCGACUGAACAACAAAUCGGCCAAAGUCCGCCAACAAGCCGCCGAUCUUAUCAGUCGGAUCGCCGGUGUAAUGAAAAUCUGUCAGGAGGAAAAACUGAUGGGCCAUCUCGGAGUGGUGUUAUACGAAUACCUGGGCGAAGAGUAUCCAGAAGUGUUAGGCAGCAUUCUUGGUGCCCUCAAAGCCAUCGUCAACGUAAUCGGGAUGACUAAAAUGACCCCGCCUAUUAAAGAACUCCUUCCUCGUCUGACGCCUAUCUUAAAAAAUCGCCAUGAAAAAGUGGAGGAAAAUUGCAUUGAUUUGGUGGGUCGUAUCGCCGAUCGGGGCUCCGAGUAUGUUUCUUCUCGGGAAUGGAUGCGGAUCUGUUUUGAACUGUUGGAGCUUCUAAAAGCUCACAAAAAGUCAAUCCGAAGAGCAACAGUUAAUACUUUCGGCUACAUUGCCAAGGCCAUUGGACCUCAUGAUGUGCUCGCUACACUUUUAAACAAUCUGAAGGUCCAAGAACGACAAAAUCGGGUGUGCACCACUGUGGCCAUUGCUAUUGUGGCUGAAACCUGCAGUCCUUUCACGGUCCUACCCGGACUUAUGAAUGAAUACCGGAUUCCUGAGUUGAACGUCCAGAACGGGGUUUUAAAAUCGUUGGCAUUCAUGUUUGAAUAUAUCGGAGAAAUGAGCAAAGACUACAUCUAUGCUGUCACUACACUCCUCGAGGAUGCGCUAAUGGACAGAGACUUGGUACAUCGCCAGACUGCUAUGACCGCAGUUGGACAUAUGGCUCUUGGGGUUUACGGUUUCGGAUGUGAGGACGCCCUCGUUCACUUGCUUAAUCUGGUUUGGCCAAACGUGCUGGAAACCUCACCACAUGUGGUACAAGCGUUCAUGUUCUGCAUCGAAGGUCUUCGAGUUGCUCUUGGUCCAAACAAAAUUUUGCAGUAUACUCUCCAGGGGUUAUUCCAUCCUGCUCGCAAAGUCAGAGACAUGAUGUGGAAAGUGUAUAAUACUAUUUACAUUGGCAAUCAAGACGGACUGGUGUACGGCUUUCCGCGUGCACCGGACAGUGAAAAUAACACCUUUGUUCGUCAUGAGCUUGAUUACGUGCUGUGAUCAACUCUUGAGUGUGUCUCACUUCCUCCCGUUUCAUGCUCCUGGUGACUAUUUGUCCUCCUCCACACAUGUCUUAUUUCUUUCAACGGACACCUGUUUUAUACAUACACUUGAAGAAUACAAUAUUGUACCUAAACCAUGCCUUGGUUGCAAUGAAUACGUAAACCCAGCGCCUUUGCUUUCUUUCAUUUUAUACCGUGCGGUUCUACUGUCUCAAUCUUCGAUUGCGCCUUUUCCACCGACAAUUAAUUUCCCUCUGACUUGUGCGUCCUGUGCUCUCAGUGAGCUGUAACUUUGUGAGCUCAUGCACCACUGUUGUUGGUACACUGCUUUGCUACUU